CAACUGACUUCCUUGUGACUGCUGGGACACUGUCCAGCUCCGAGCCCUCGUCGCUGCCCUAAAGUUAGGCUAUGUCUUGGCGAAAGUGACGUAUCUUUUGGCAAUAGUCACCAUGGGCCUCGGGACUGUGUCCGCGGCUGCGGAUCUGUUGGACUGGAUGGUGGAAUGGAGCUGUGAAGUUGGAACUUCUGAGCUGGGAUCGGAGCUUGGGAUUGAUAGUGGUAGUCCGAUUUGAGGAGAGAGACCGACCCCCUGCUGCCCCGAUCGUUCCCUGAUGGAUGCCUCCAGCACAUACCUUUAUUCAUUCGCAGCCUGUCAGUAACUGCACCCCGAUACCCAACUAUCUGUUCUUUACUGGCAAUCGGGUGUUCAGUAUAUGAAUAUGAUGUGGAUUGUGAGCGACUGGGCCCGUAUCAUUCUUCUCUGUGUGGCGCUUUUGAACUGGGGGCGGAGACCCUUGAAAGUCCUUUUACAAUUGAGUUCUGGGUCACUCAAGGAUAUUCCAAGUAAGUGCCGGAGCUGGUCUACGAAAGCGAGCUUUGAAAUCAUCGUUCCUUCCUUUGCAAGGUGCAGACGUCAGGAGUACGCCAAGUCUUUUUCGGGACCGUCGCACUCUCCGGGGUGCAGAGAAGUAUGCCUGAGGUUCGUAUCUAGCCCGUAUGAUGCGCUGUUCCGAAAAGCUGCAACGCAGCGAGCGAGUGUCGCACGGCAAGCGGAGAAUUGACGUUGGCUGUCACAAGAUUAGCCUCCACAAUUGUGUGCGAAACCUCCGAAGCCACAAACGUGGCCUUCAUGAUCUUUGUUUUCAAGUCAUUCACAAUACUUGGCACUUGCCAACAGCAUCGACUGUAAGAAUUCGACUUACCCUGAGUUCAGUUGUUGUGCCGAGGUUUGCCUAAGUAUGAGAGUAUGGUCAGUAAUGAUCUCGCAAAGACGAAGUCCGGGGAUGAUCCUCUCAUUGAUGGAAACAUCAGGGUUCAAAGGAUGUAAUCUUUUGGUAAUCAUGUGAAACACGGAUGAACUGAAUACAUCUUCUGUUUCGGGGGGGAGGGGUGUGGGGUACACUCGAGUGAGGAUACUUACAUUCUGGUUGAUAUCCGGGGUC